AUGUGUUUCGAUAGUAAUGUUGUCCAUAUAGCUUUACAUACUUCUGAAAUGAUUUUGGAAAUCGCCGAUUUUGAAAUUCUGAAUGAGAAAGCGAGUUGCCGGAACUCUGAUGGGGCCAAAAAAAAAUGGAAAAAUUUAAGGGAUACUUAUGCAAAAGAAUUAAAAAAAAUUCCCAAGCCUCGUUCUGGUGCUGACGCUGACAAUGAACCGGAGUACACAGGAACUUGGCCAUAUUUUGAGUCCAUGUCAUUUUUAAAAGUUAUUUUAAAACCACGAAAACAAGAUGGAAAUAUUAUUGAACCAGAGGAAUCAGCAGAAAGCUAUUUAAUGGAUUCUUCUGAGUCUACAUGUGCUAGUCUAGUAGACAAAUUUGACACAAACACGACACAAGAUAAUUUUGAUAGCUUUUCUCAGGAUGACCCUCAACUCCAGGAAUCUGAACUUGAACGGUCUGAGUCGGUCAUGACAACAGAAUAUGAAACUGAAGCAAGACAUGAUGGAUUAGAAGCAUUUAUUCAAUUAGAGAAAGAGAAGAUUCAAGUUUUGAGGCAGGAUCAACAAGACAACAAUGACGAUGACUUACUUUGGUUCAAAUCGAUGUUACCAUACAUGAAAAAGUUGCCUUCAUUAAAUAAGUUGCGUUUCAGAACACAGAUGCAGGAGCUGCUAAUUAAGGAGUUGUCAAAUUUAAAUAAACAACAAGUACCAGAAUUUGAUUCACAAAAUUCAUUUUUUCCUAAAGAUUAUGAAACCUUAUAA